AUGGUCGUGUUCUGCACUCUCUGCGCACUCUGGUACACCUCCUCAACAAUAACAAACAUGUCCUCGAAAUCAAUCAUGAACGCAUUUCCGUACCCCCUCACCCUGACCUUCAUCCAAUUCUUCUUCGUUGCGGCGUGGUGCGCGAUCGCGGCCUCGGUAUCGAAGGUUUCGGGGAAAGGGAUUAUGGGGAAUCGGGGCGGUCUGAGGUGGCCGACGAGGGAGGUGUUGAUGACGACGGGGCCGUUGACGGGGUUUCAGGUUUUGGGGCAUGUGUUUGGGAGUGUGGCCACCGGUAGGGUACCGGUGCAUACGGUGCAUACGGUCAAAGCGUUGUCACCACUCUUCACCGUCCUCGCCUAUCGCACGAUUUUUAACAUCAAAUACACGCCCGCGACGUAUGCGUCACUCUUUCCGCUCACGCUGGGCGUCAUGUUAGCUUGCUCAUUCCAGCUCAGUGUGAAUUUGGUGGGGUUGAGUUGUGCGUUGGGGAGUACCCUCGUUUUCGUCACGCAGAAUAUCUUUAGCAAGAAGUUGUUGACGCACGACGAACCGCUGCAUCCUGACCAGCGGAAAAAACUGGAUAAGCUGAAUUUGAUGUUUUACAGCAGCGGGAUGGCAUUCCUCGUCAUGUUCCCGUUGUGGAUCAGGUAUGAGGGAUACGCCCUUCUUACGAACGGCCGAAUUGAGGGAAAGGAAGUCGGCGUCACGACGGGUACGCUACAGCUUAGAUUUUGGGCAAACGGCACCGCGCACUUUGCCCAAAACCUCCUCGCGUUCACACUCCUCGGCACGACCUCCCCAGUAACUUACUCCAUCGCAUCCCUCAUCAAACGCAUAUUCGUCAUCACCAUCUCCAUCCUCUGGUUCUCGCAACCGACCUCCACCAUUCAAGGGGUGGGGAUCGUGUUGACGUUUGUGGGGUUGUGGAUGUAUGAUCGGAGUAAGGUUAGGAAGGAUUUGGGGAGGGGGGAGAGGAGGGUUGAGGAUGCUGUUAUGGGGGAGCAGGCCGGGUUGCCGAUGGUUAUGGGGGAUGUUGUUAAGGAGGGGAAGGGAAAUGGGCAUUUGGCAUAG